UGUGGUCCAUCAUCAGCCCCACUCUCGCUGUCAGGGGCCGCGCUAACGAGCUCCCGCUCCCGGAGCCGUUGUUGGGAUUUACCCCGGGGCGCACUGACCGCUGCCCCACUGCAGCCAUGCAGCCGACGCAAGCACCACUCCACAAGGGGAUCGGCUCCGUGGACCAACUGACUUUCGGGGUUCGGAUUCACUGUGGAUGAAAACGUUUACGCGCCAUUCCAGCGGCGUCAAUUACGCAUGAAAUGCGCCCCAGGUGGAUUCCCCUCUGGAGGUGAGAAGAUUCUUUCUCAGCUCUUUCUCAGAGUUUUUUUUUUCAACAGCUGGUGACUCGUGUCCGGUCUCCUCCGGAAAGCUGUGAGCUGCGAUGACGGUGACCUACACGGCCCGGGUGGCCAACGCGCGCUUCUGCGGCUUCUCCAAACUGCUCCUGGCCUGGAAAGGCAGCAUCUACAAGGUGCUGUACAAAGAGUUCCUGGCUUUCUUCGUGCUGUACGCCGCCAUCAGCAUCACCUACAGAUUUUUUCUGUAUGAGGACCAGAAGAGAUACUUUGAGAAGCUGGCCAUCUACUGCAACCACUACGCCAGCCUGAUCCCCAUGUCAUUCGUGUUGGGUUUCUACGUGACCCUGAUAGUGAACCGGUGGUGGAACCAGUAUACCAGCAUCCCGCUGCCGGACCGGAUCAUGUGCGUCUUGUCAGGAGGCCUGCAGGGGAACGACGAGCGAGGCCGCCUGCUUAGACGCAGCAUGAUGCGCUACGCCAGCUUGUCCGCACUGCUCAUCCUCCGCUCCGUCAGCACAGCCGUUUUCAAGCGCUUCCCCACCAUGGACCAUGUGGUGGAGGCCGGAUUCAUGACCAGAGAGGAGCGUAAGAAGUUCGAGGGUCUCCACUCUCCCUACAACAAGUACUGGAUCCCCUGUGUUUGGUUCACCAACCUGGCUGCAGUGGCUCGCUGCGAGGGCAGAAUCAGAGACGACCACGCGCUCAAGCUCCUGCUGGAGGAGCUGAACGCCUUCAGAGGGAAGUGCAGCUUGCUGUUUCAUUACGAUAUGGUCAGCGUGCCCCUGGUCUACACUCAGGUGGUGACUUUGGCGGUGUACAGCUUUUUCCUGGUGUGUCUGAUUGGCCGUCAGUUUCUGGACCCCAGUCAGGGUUACCAGGGCCACGAUCUGGACCUGUAUGUGCCCAUCUUCACGCUGCUGCAGUUCUUCUUUUAUGCAGGCUGGCUGAAGGUUGCAGAGCAGCUGAUCAACCCCUUUGGAGAAGAUGAUGACGACUUUGAGACCAACUGGCUAAUCGACAGAAACUUUCAGGUCUCCAUGAUGGCGGUUGAUGAGAUGUAUGGAGAUCUGCCGGUGAUGGAGAGAGACCGGUACUGGAACGACUCCAAUCCUCGGCCCCCGUACACGGCGGCCACGCUCUUCGGCCUCCGCAAACCCUCCUUCCAGGGCUCCACCUUCGACAUGGCGAUCCCUAAAGAGGAGAUGCACUUCCAGCCUCUGGAGGACAUCGCCGAGAACAUGGAGGAGUGCGGCACGCGCCACCCCAACAUCGCCCUGUUCAACCGCCUGCUCGGCGCUGCCCACUCGCCAUCUGGUUUUAUGGGCGGGGCUUUUCGCCGUACGUCGGCACAGCUUCAGAGGCUCCAGCACUCCCCCAGCAUUGACCGCUGCAUCAGCGAUGACGAGGAGGAGGAGGAAGAGGAGGACAGCUGUAAAAUGGGGAAGGCUGGCUCCUUGCCGUCCGGCCUGGGGCAGGACACCCAGAGUACACUGUGCAGCUUCAGGGAUGACGGGGGUGGGAGAACGCCUCUGCUGGACCUUCACUUUGGGGUCGAGCAGGAUCAGGGUGGGGAAAGUCCUCCUUCCAAUGUGAAAAGGGAGCCGGAAGAGAAGGGCAGCAGAAAGAUGAAGGGCGGACGCAGUAAUGAGAAGGGACAGACGUGCACGGUGUCACCGCUGCCCCCCUCACCUCAGACAGCCCCCGCUACCUCCCGACCCACCUUUCUGCUCCACCUGGAGCACUGCAGGUCCCAGCCGUCCAUCAGCAACCACGUCCUUGGGCCUGCAACCGCUGACCCCUCGUCAGCUGGAAUCAAGAUGUCCCUCCUUGCUGUGCCCUCCGAGGGCGAGCCGCAGCGUGCUCGCAGCGUGAGCAUGGGGUCAGAGUUCACCGCGUCUUAGGUGGCCGCUGCCGAUGUUCUCCCGGAAAAGCAGACGCAGCACUUACCUGGAAACAACUUUUUUAGUCCGACGCUUUGGGAAGUUUCCGCCGAAAACGUCCUCCUGUCUUAAAAACCGGAGGCUGAGACACAAACUUCAUCUGUUUGAGGGUUCUUCGAGUGUGUUCAAGGCUGACGUUCACCGGUCCGUCUGCGGGGCGCCUCCAUUGACCCAAAAGAAUAGAUCGUUCGUUAAUCAAUCAGUCAGAAUAUGUCUAUGAAGACUCUCAUUCAUCCCGGUGGAUUCCAUCAUAGUAGUAGGUUUA